AGACCCUCAAAGUCAAUCCUGUAAUAGUAACUACUUUUAUGUGUCUUUCCUCUUUGUAACAGAAAAACAAAAAACAAAAUGCAAUUUGCAAUCUCAAUUCAAUAAAUGUUUCCAUUUUCAUUCCUAUCCACACCCCCUUUUUCUCCUCCUACCCCACUUCAUCUUCCUCCUCCAAUAACAACAAUUCAAUUCAACAACCAUGAAGCUUUUGAACCCAUCCCACUCACUUCCCUUUUCUCUUCAAUCUCACAUGCUUCAUACAACACCCCAACCCAUGGAACUAUUUUCUGCUACUAACACUAAUGUUCAUGUAGCAGUUGGAAACUCGCUUCACAAAACCACCACCUUGCUUCAAUGGACCUUUAAUCACUUUCAAAACGCGGAAAUUGUCAUAAUUCAUGUUUAUCAACCUUCUCCUGUUAUCCCUACUUUAUUGGGGAAAAUGCCAGCAUCUCAGGCUAAUCCUGAGGUGGUAUCUGCUUUUAGAAGAGAGGAAAGAGAACAGAACAAGAAGCUCACUGAUAAGUAUUUGAGGAUUUGCUCUGCUGCUAAGGUCAAGGCAAGCGUUAUUGUAACAGAAGCUGACCAAGUCCAAAAAGGAAUUGUUGAUUUGGUUGUUAGACAUAAUAUUAGGAAGCUUGUGAUUGGAACGGUACUGGAAAAUUGCAUGAAAGUGAAAAGGAAUUCCGGGAAAGCAAAUUACACUUCCAAACAUGCUCCUCCUUUCUGUGAAAUAUGGUUUAUCUAUAAAGGCAGACACAUUUGGACAAGAGAGGCAUCUGAAACACCAUGUUCAUUGUCUUCACGUUCUCAACCCGAGAUUGCAGCCACAGAAAGCUUGAGAUGCAGAUCUUUUCAAUAUGGUAAGAAUGAAUUACCCCAUUCAGAAUAUCUUCAACGAGAUUCUGCUAGAACUACAGUAUUUUCUGGAAUUAGAAGCUUGGAUCUAGGGGAAAUUAUAGAAACUGAAGCCACUAAUUCAUCCAAAUCAUCCAGUUGUAGCAGUCAUUGUUCCCCUGAAAAUUCUGCUGGGGUUUAUCUUGAUACAUAUUCAGAGGACAUGGAAGAAAGAAUUAACAGUCAACUUAUUGAAACCAAAAGAGAAGCCGAGGCAGCAACAGACAAGUCCUUUGCAGAGCUAUUAAAGUGCAGGAGGUUGGAAGUCGAAGCCAUGGAGGCCAUACAGAAGGUCAAAUUGUUUGAAUCUGCCCAUGCACAUGAGGCGGAGCUAAGAAAAAAGGCAGAGGAUGUGCUUAGAUUUACAGUACUAGAACAACAAAAGCUCUUAGAAGAGAGUGGAGUUAUUUCCAGGGAGCUGCAAAUGACAAUGAGAAAUGUGGCUCUACUAGAUAGUCGUGCUAAGGAAGCAACCCGUAUGCGAGAUGAAGCUGCACACGAACUCUCAUUAAUUCAAGCAUCCAUCUCAACCUUGUGGCAAGAAAGGCAUCAGAUCAGGAGACAGAAAAUGGAAGCCUUCCGCUGGCUGGAACGGUGGAAAACUCGUGGACAAGUCAGAGCAGCACAUUACAAUGGGGUCAUUGGGUUUGCUGAAGAACUGCCCGAGUUAGCCGAAUUUUCAUUAUCAGAUAUUCAAAAUGCUACAUGUAGUUUUUCCAAGAGCUUUGAAAUUGCACAAGGUGGAUUUGGUCGUAUAUAUAAGGGGGAAAUGUUGGGUAGAACUGUUGCUAUUAAGAAGUUCCAUCAACAUAAUGUGCAAGGACCAGCAGAGUUUCAUCGAGAGGUUCAAAUUCUUAGUAGUCUCCAACAUCCUCAUUUAUUGACUUUGCUUGGAGUUUGCCCUGAAGCCUGGUCAAUUGUAUAUGAGUACCUCCCAAAUGGAACUCUUCAAAACUACCUAUUCCGGAAAAGUAACAUUAUCCCUUUGACAUGGAAUAUCAGAGCCCGAAUGAUUGCCGAAAUCGCCAGUGCACUCUGCUUCUUACAUUCUUUUAAACCAGAAGCGAUUAUCCAUGGUGAUCUGAAGCCUGAGACUAUACUUCUUGAUUCUUCACUUAGUUGCAAGAUAUGUGAGUUCAGGUUCAGCAGGCUGGUAACGGAGGAGUCUUUCUGUAGUCCUAGUUUCCACUUGAGCAGUGAGCCAAAGGGUGCCUUCACAUACACGGAUCCAGAGUUUCAGCGAACUGGGGUACUAACAUCCAAGUCUGACAUCUACUCCUUUGGGCUUAUUAUUUUGCAACUCCUCACUGGCAGGACUCCACUUGGAUUAACAGUUCUAGUUCGCCAUGCAAUUUCAUGUGGAAAAUUGUCUGCAGUUCUUGAUUCUUCAGCUGGAGAGUGGCCUUUAUCUGUUGCAGCACGGUUGGUUGAAUUGGGUUUGCAAUGCUGUGCACAGAAUUGCAGAAACAGACCAGAGUUAACACCUACUCUAGUGAGAGAACUGGAACAGUUACAUGUUUCAGAAGAGAGACCUGUGCCAUCAUUUUUCUUAUGUCCAAUCCUUCAGGAAAUAAUGCAUGAUCCUCAAAUUGCAGCUGAUGGAUUUACAUAUGAAGGGGAUGCCAUACGUGAAUGGUUAGAAAAUGGGCAUGAUACUUCUCCAAUGACUAAUUUAAAAUUGAGUCACAUGCUCCUCACUCCCAAUCACUCACUUAGACUUGCCAUCCAAGACUGGCUCUGCAAAUCAUAAAGGUUCAUUAAUUCAUUUAGCCUAAAGAACUCUUUUAUCCCCUUAAGUUUGUUUAAAGCUAGUUUCGCUUUACUCCCACAAUUUUCCCCUGUUGUAAAUCUAUCACAUAUCCAACGAAACAUCGUCAACUUGGUUUGAUCCCAACCUUUUAGGUAGUCAAUUUUAGUUGACGGAAAUUGCCUGCGUUACACAAUUCAAGUACCCAAAAAAAUAUUGUAUUUUGGUCGCAAUUUCCAGCCAAGAGAGCAAAGAAAGAAAAGGGAAUGUCAAAGAUGGGCAUUGCCUGAGUACCUGUCAUUCUAUUAGGACUUAGAAUGCUAAGGGGUUAAAAUGAAAAUAGUCCUGUUCAUCAUUUUAAAAAAAAUAUCCCUUGUGUAUGUUAACCAAUACAUGUAUAUGCUAUUUUUGCAGUAUUCUUCUGUAAUCAUUAUAGUUUCAUCAUUUUCAAGUGUUCAA